AUGACGACAAGCCGACAAUUCGACGCUAAAACCUACGACACACUGACGAACCAGGACACAAACCCGUUCGCGGACAAACGCUCGCCGACGAUCGAGGAAGAGGACACACCGCAAGUGAUACACGUCGUCCCGGAGACAGGCAAAGCCCGAUGGAACCAUAUUGAGGAUUUGGAUUCCUUCUUCACGCGGGUGUACAUUUAUCACCAGAAGCAUGGCUUCAAUGUCAUGAUGCUGCAGAAAAUGUUCGAGCUGUUCCAGUUUGUUUUUGUCGUACUGCUCAUCACCUACCUAUUCAACUGCGUUCAAUAUGAUGUUCUUUUUCGCGACAAGCCGACAAACGAAACGAAAGUGUCAUUGGGCGAUGCCAUGAUCGAUAUACCCCAGUGUGCCGCCAAUCUCGGCAUGUUUCAGUGGCUGACCCUAGUGUUGGCCUUCUUGUUUUGGGUUUUUAGAUUGUGCAAAUUUUUCUACCAAUUUUUCCAGUUUUUGGACAUUAAAAUGUUUUACAACACAGCGCUGAAGAUCAAGGAUGCGGAUCUGGACAAUCUUACAUGGCACGAGGUUCAAAAGUGCAUACGAGAAGUGCAAUCGGAGAUACAGAUGAGUAUCAACAAGGAGCAACUGACUGAGCUAGAUAUUUAUCAUAGAAUUUUAAGAUUUAAAAAUUAUAUGGUAGCCAUGAUGAACAAAUCACUGCUACCAGCCACGAAGAAGCUGCCAUUAUUAGGAGAUGUAGUUCUAAUGAGUCAAGCGUUGCGCUACAACAUAGGAUUAAUUUUGUUCUGGGGACCUUGGUCCCCGUUCGAGAACAACUGGCAUCUGCGGGAGGAGUACAAACGGCCCAACAUGCGGAACGAGCUGGCAGCGAAGCUGUCUAAGCAAAUUCUAUGGGUCGCCGUAGCAAAUGUUGUCCUUUCGCCCUUCAUCUUUAUCUGUCAGCUAAUGUAUUUCUUCUUCAACUACGCCGACCUCAUCAAAAAAGAACCCGGAACCCUGGGUGUUCGAUGCUGGUCGCAGUAUGGCAAGCUUUAUCUUAGGCACUUCAACGAACUCGACCACGAACUGGACGCACGGCUUACACGUGCCUAUCGACCGGCUGUGAAGUACAUGAAUUCAUUCUCAUCGCCCCUGUUAACCGUCAUAGCCAGAAAUAUUGCGUUCGACGCUGGCGGUGUAGCUUCGCUGAUACUGUUGUUAGCUAUAUAUGACGAGGACGUAUUUCAGGUGCAGCACGUCCUUACGCUCUUUACCGUGCUAGGAAUGAUCAGCGUCAUUGCAAGAUCUUGCAUACCGGACGAGAAUUUGGUGUGGUGCCCGGAGCAGCUGUUAAGAAAUGUGCUGGCCCAUGUGCAUUAUCUACCCGCAUCCUGGCGUGGCCACGCGCAUAGUUCACUCGUACGUGAUAAAUUUGAAUUAUUCUUCCAACUCAAAAUUAUGUACAUACUGAACGAGCUCUUUAGCCCAAUUGUGGCUCCCUUCGUGUUACUCACCGAUCUACGCCCAAAAUCCCAACAGCUGGUGGAUUUCUUCCGGAACUUCACCGUCGACGUGGUUGGUGUCGGUGACGUGUGCUCGUUCGCCCAGAUGGACGUUCGCAAACACGGCAACCCGGAUUGGCAGAUACCUGUUGUAGUGGACGAUAAGGACAGCGAAAGUGAAACGCCACUUGUGUCCCCCGAUGACGUCGGUGGCCAUGCUACGAGAUCUCCACCAGCCAUGGGAGAACCCGUGUCCACCGGCCAACAACCAGCGGUUGGUGCCACACCGUACAACCAGGGCGAACACGGUAAAAUCGAGCUGUCGCUCGUGCACUUUACCCUCACCAAUCCCACCUGGCAGAUGCCUCCAGAAGCGAAGCAGUUCGUGCAAGGCAUCAAGCGACACGCGAUACAGGAUCUAAAUCGCCAGCGCGGCAUGCUAUUUGGCCUACACAACCCUACGGCCAUGGGGCAAAGCCUGCUGUCCAUGGAAAGCAUGGGCGUGGAGUAUUCGUCGAUCAUCCAACCGAUCCUGCAGACGCAUAAUCUGUCGAACUCGCAACACCUCGGUUUGUCGAUGCAUCUCGGUGGGUUCGGUUCCCCCGUGCCACCCGUAUCAACCGCCUUUGGGCCGAGUAUGGCGCCAUCGGUCAUGGUACAUCAGCAGACAGGGCAACACGGAGCAGGAGUGCAAUCGUCGAACCAGUACCACUUCGCGCCGCAGUCGUACGAUUUUGAGCGUAUGCUGCAGCAAAACUUAACCGACGCUAGCACGGUAGCGCCAAUGCCGGGCCGUAGUACGUUCCUAGCAGAUAUCAACGAAAAUGACGAUGAAACGGGCGCACUGUCGCUGUCACCGGAGGUACCUCCUGCAAGCAGCAGUCGUGUCCAGACCGCCAGCGUUGUCCACGGGUCAAUGGCAGCCGAGCUGGAACUGGACGGAAGCCGAUAUGUGUCGCACACCGACGGGAUGGUCUUCAGCACCCGUGGUGGGAUGUCCCGACGUGAGGGACCGGCAGAUGGAUCCCGCAAUGGGCUACUGUCGAGCAUCUAUGGCGAAAUGCCAUCGAAUGUUGCGGCACCGUACGAAUUUACGACCGCUGACAUGUGUCUUAGCACGCUGUACCUGCACGAGUUGCAUCACAAUCACUUGCGACGACAGGGUGGUGGCAGCUUGAGGCUUGACAUGGGCUCACCGGCACCCAGCUACUUCCAGCGCCCAUUUGGUGGCGGACGGUUCCGGCCGUUCGGCACGACGGCUCAACCAUCGCUAGUCAGUCAUCCAUUACGUACAAUCGGUAUCUCCGGUAGCGAAACGGCAGGACCAUCCGGUACCAGCGGAUCGAUCGUGGCCGCCGAACGCACGCCUUUGCUUGGAAGCAAAAAAUCAUAGCACCAGGCGGAGUGGGUCUAACGAAGAGCGGCGGACACUUAGCUGGGUUGUUGUGAUGAAUGAGAUAUGAAACGAGAGAAAGGGUAUCGAUGAACCAAAAGCAGACAAUGUGAUCUGGUGUUACUGGUGUUAGGUGUGUAAGGAUUGAAACGUCGAAGAGUACAUUUAUCUUACCGAGCCGGCUUCGUGUGUGCGUGUGUGUGGAUGCGCAUGAUUCUGUAAAUAAGUUCGUUACGGCACGAGCAGGAUAACUAACGCAGGCCAACAUAGCCAAAAAUCUUACUCGUUAACGAACGAAUAGGCAACUAUCCUACCAACCUGGGAACAACUAAACAUGAGUACAUUAAGCUCGUUAAGACAACGUUUUUGCAUCAAGCUUGCUGUGCUUACGUAAGCCACGCGAUCGCCCGGAUGUGUGAAGCCUCUGCUUGCGUUUGUCCUUCUUUCUAGAUACUUUUUGUAAAUUAUUGCAAACUGUAAAAAUGGCACGAUACCACUCUGACGGCUCGUAGGCGAUAAGGGUUAUAAUGCAAUAAAGUGCUACAGUGAAGAAAAAAAUUGUACAUAGAAAAUCCAAUGUAUCCUACGUAACGAGCUGAUGAAAUGAGAUAGUGAAAUGAUUUGAACAUUGGGGUGUAUAUGACACACCCCCUUAAAAUAAUGAAGAAUCUGUGGAAAUAAAUGCUGCGAUAAAUUGUUUGAAUAAAAUAAAUCGA